GCCGGGGGGUCCCGCGCCCCCGCCCGGCCCCGCUCCGCCGGCCCCGCCCGCGCCCCGGCCGCUAUGGCCAUGGUGACCGGCGGCUGGGGCGAGGCGGCGGGCGGCGGCGGCGGCGGGGAGAGCAACGGCCUGGCCAAGGGCUACGCGCGGCCCUCCGAGGACGGCUCGGCCUCCCCGCCCGGCGACCCGGAGCGCGGCGGCGGGGGCGGCGAGGAGGAGAAGGCGGGGGCGGCGCCCGUGGACUGCGUGGUCUGCGGGGACAAGUCCAGCGGGAAGCACUACGGCGUGGCCACCUGCGAGGGCUGCAAGAGCUUCUUCAAGCGCAGCAUCCGCCGCAACCUCAGCUACACCUGCAGGUCCAACCGGGACUGCCAGAUCGACCAGCAUCACCGCAACCAAUGCCAGUACUGCCGGUUGAAGAAGUGCUUCCGUGUUGGCAUGAGGAAGGAAGCUGUCCAGAGGGGCCGGAUCCCGCCCAGCCACGCCAGCGCCAGCCCCAACGCGGCGCAGAGCGGCGACUACUACAACGGACAGCCGGUCUCGGAGCUGAUCUCGCAGCUGCUGCGGGCCGAGCCCUACCCCAGCGCCCGCCUCAGCUCCCAGUACGCCCAGCAGCAGGGCAGCGUGAUGGGCAUCGACAACAUCUGCGAGCUGGCCGCCCGGCUGCUCUUCAGCACGGUGGAGUGGGCGCGCAACAUCCCCUUCUUCCCGGAGCUGCCCGUCUCCGACCAGGUGGCCCUGCUGCGUCUCAGCUGGAGCGAGCUCUUCGUGCUCAACGCCGCCCAAUCCGCCCUGCCCCUCCACAUGGCGCCCCUGCUGGCCGCCGCCGGCUUCCACGCCGCCCCCAUGUCGGCCGAGCGGGUGGUCUCCUUCAUGGACCAGAUCCGCGUCUUCCAGGACCAGGUGGAGAAGCUCAGCCGGCUGCAGGUGGACUCGGCGGAGUUCAGCUGCCUCAAGGCCAUCGCCCUCUUCAGCCCAGACGCCUGCGGCCUCUCGGACUCGGCGCACGUGGAGAGCCUCCAGGAGAAGGCGCAGGUGGCCCUGACGGAGUACGUCCGCUCGCAGUACCCCUCCCAGCCCCAGCGCUUCGGCCGGCUGCUCCUGCGCCUCCCUGCGCUGCGGGCCGUCCCGGCCUCGCUCAUCUCGCAGCUCUUCUUCAUGCGCCUGGUGGGCAAGACGCCCAUUGAGACCCUCAUCCGGGACAUGUUGCUGUCCGGCAGCAGCUUCAACUGGCCCUACGGGACGGGGCAGUGAGCCCGGACAGCUGGACAGAUGGACGGACGCCAGGCCUCGCCGCCCCCCCCCCCGACAGCCUGGAUGUCCAUUUGCAGCCCCCUCCUGCCCGGACGAGACUUUGGAGGGGGGGCCGCUUGGCUUUCGUGGGACCCCUUUGGGAGGGGCCAGGCUGGAGAGCCCCCCCCCACAGCUGAGGAUGAAGCCCACCCCUCAAUGCCAAGAGGAACCCAAGGUGGGCCCGCUUGAGUUGGAAGUUCUUCUGAACACUCGUCACGCCAGCCGUCUGUGUGCCACAUGUAGCCGGAGAAGGAGGAGGCCUGGGUGGUCCGGGGGGGGGGCUCUGGGCCCCCCCCUCCUGGGUGGUUUUUCCCCAGCAUGUGCAUGAGCACCUUGAAGGGGGGGAUGAAGAAGGCCCCCCUCCCCCGGCUGUCUGGGCAGCCCUCCAGAGGCCUGGAGAGGAUCCGCCAUGUUAGCACCCCCCUCUUGUUUCUGCCCUGGGAGGGGGCAACUAGGAGGGUCCCCAAAGAGGUGAGCACGUUGAGAGUGCUUGAAAGACCCCCCCUUGGUGGGGGGGAGGGGGCAGCCGGCUUGCAGCUGCAAAGGGCCCUUUAAAGGAGGAGCCCCAUCCUGCCAGGUUUUGACUGGCAAACUGGUCCUGCCCCCCCCCAGCAUGGUUUCCUCAUGCAGCUACUCCCCCCCCCCAGGACCCCCGUGCCACCCCCUCAAAGAUUGCCCUCCCGUCCUUGGAGAGGAAGCACCAAAGAGAACAGGCGACGUCUGAAUGCUCCCCGGGCAAAUGCGGGGGGGGGGGCUCCCUGCCCUUCUGGGUCCGGCCUGGCAUUCAUCUCUUUUGGCAGCCCUGGGGGGGGGCAUCGGCUGAGUUGUGGCCCCCACACUGCAGGAUUUGGGGCCCCUGUGAGCAAGGGCCAGUCCAAGGGACGCCCCGGGCAAGCGGGCUGCAGUGAGAGGCGGGGUCUUCUCCAGAAGGCCCCUCCCUCUCCUGGGUGCCAACGGGCCCUCACCCGCUGGGCAAAUUGAAUCCCCCCCCCGAAGAAAACCUGGUGGGAAGUUGGUCCUGACGGUUACAGGCUUGCUUCUUCACCUUCUUCACCUCCCACCCCCCACAUUUUAAUUUCUGCCUCCCUCUUUCCAAAACCUGCCAUGGAAAUUCCCCCCCACCCCCCCAAAAUCCGGGCUGUGCCAGCCCCCCCCCACGUUUGUGACGAUGCUAUGCAAAUGUUGGCCUGCAUGCCCUUGCCGUCCACAUGUGGCUGCCCUCCUCGCCCGCCCCAGUGUUCCGGUGACCUUCGCUGGAUGUCAGUUCGGCUAAAAUCUGUUUGAUCACUUUGUGGCCUUCCCCCCCCCUUUCUUUUCUCAUCUGCUUUUCCCCCCUCCGUGUGUAUAUGACGGUCUCUUCAAGGAGCGUGUGAUGGAAAUUUGCCAUUAAACCCGUUUUACAGACAGAGGAAACUGAGGCCACGAGGGCCGGCUUUUCUUAAAAGUCGCUGAGAGUGGUGGGACUUGAACUCAGGUCUCGGAAGUCUAAAGUACCGAUUGUAAUCUAUGCAAACUUUUCUUGUCUCUCUCUCUCUCUCUCCAAAUUCCAGAUCAAGGAUGCGUCAGUUCUGUGCUUGGAAUAAAAAUAUUUGGGUA